AUGGCUACUGCCACUGCCACUGCCACCAAUGGGCACUCCUCCCCCUCACCUCCACUCGAGCAAUUCACCUCCAUCGAUGCCUCCCCGCAAUCCGACGUCUUCAAUGCCAGCUCCGUCGCCGAGAUCAAAGCUGCCCUAUCCCGCCUGCAUACCCAAGAAGCAUCCGUAACAGCUCGUCUCGAUGCCCUGGUCACCUCUCAAAAGGACCUUUCCCGCGAAUUGGGCCGACUCGAUCUGAUGCGCGCCCACAUCGGCACGCAAACCAGCACCACUCGAUCCGUCAGUCAUGGGAUGCUCUCCGAAGCUGCCGGCACCGCAGACCGUAUCUCCAGCGCCGUCCGCCGACUCGAUCUCGAACAGGCCCGCGUGAAGGCAACACUGGAAGUGGUGGAGCAGGUGGCCGAGCUGAAAGCAUGCGCAUUAGGUGUUGCGGGGUCAAUGGGUGCUUCUCAGGAUUGGGAGACAGCAGCCAGCUACCUACACCGGGCAUCGCAGGUUCCUGCAAGCGUCCUCAAUGGACCCUUUGCUGCGGAGAUGGUGCCUACAGCUGAGGUGCCGGAUCCACCAAGCGUGACGCUUGACAAUGCCGCGGAGUCGCUCUGUGGAUUGUUCCUGCGCGAAUUCGACAAGGCGGUUAAAGAGAGUGAUGGAGCGAAGAUUACUCGCUUUUUCAAGCUCUUCCCGCUCAUUGGGCGGUCGGAGGUCGGGUUGGAUGUCUACGGUCGUUAUGUUUGCCAAGGUGUCUCGGCUCGUGCUCGGGGUAAUCUCAAUGCGGGUGCCCAGGCUAACGAGGGUUUCUUCUAUGCCAAUACGUUGACGAAGCUGUUUGAGCAUAUUGCGCAGAUCAUUGAUGGUCAUGGUGGGCUGGUCGAACGCCAUUAUGGCCCGAGGAAGAUGGGAAGGGUCAUUGAGCGGUUGCAGAUCGAGGCUGAUGUUCAGGGUGGCAUUGUUUUGGAUACGUGGAGCGAUGAGCGCCAUGUUGAUCGCAAACUCAUGGAUAUAAAAUCCUACGCUUUUACUUUCCUGGUUCAGAGCUUCCUCCCAGCGCAGCGCCCGGGUCAACAGCACUCCAAUUCGCCUGCGCCUGGGGCACAUGCGACCCCUGAGGAUGAGGGUGUUGAUAUGAAGGAGAUAGAUGGCCUUCUGAACGAGAUGGCAAUCAUGUUGGGUCGGUGGUCGCUAUACUGCCGCUUUCUGGCGGAUACAUGCAAUCCUCCUGCCGAAAAUAAGGAGUCUGAAGAUGAUGCGCAUUUCACGCCUCCGGCCUUCCUAUCGGAAUCUUCACUCGCACGGAAAGUUGGUGACAAGUUAAUCGUGCCAUUCAAUGCAAUGACCACCUUCUUCUUCCGCCGGUCCGUGGAGAAGGCCUUCCAACUGGACGAGUCGCCAUCAGGAUUGAGCCUGAACAUGCACCAGCCAUUGAAGUCCGACCCUCCUCACAUUACAUCCGCCGUCGACGACAUCAUGUAUAUCGUGAACAAGGUCAUCCAACAGUCUCUCGCAACCUCGCAAGAGGGCGUAGUGACCAACGUCGUCCCAACCCUCUCCCGCGUGUUAGGCUCUGACUUCAUCGGCAUGACCCAGCGCAAGAUGCGCGACGAAUGCUACCCACGCGCCGCAGUCCAAGGCGGCCAACCCCCAGAACAGAUCGUGAUCGCCUUCCUCGUGCAAAUGAACAACCUCGAUAUCGGCAUUGACUACAUCCGCCGAAUCGUGGCCAACAACACAGGCACACAGCAGCAAACGGGAACCAGCAGCGAAAAGCCCAACGAGCAAGUAUCCGAGCACCUACGCUCGCUCUUCCCAGUCCCCAGCUCUGCCCGACGAGUCUCGCAAACCUUGCAAACAUUAGCCACAUCCUUCGAAACGAAAGUAAACGAACUCCUCUCCGACGGUAUUCAAGUCGUCUUCAACAACGUCAUCAAACAACGUCUCCGACCCAUCCUCGCCGACGCAUUCAGGGACAUAGAAUACCAACCCACCAACACCGAAGAAACAGAAUACGAUGAAAACCGUAGCAGUAAGGAGAUUGUCCGCCCCCGCUUCGCAACCGGCUGGUCCGACCUCCUCCUCCCCAUGGCGCGGAUUCUCACCCAGCAAGCCUUUGCCCGACUGCUCACAGUGACAAUCGCCUACAUGGCCCGUCUGCUGGAGAAGAGACUCUGGUCUUACCAGGGCCGAGUGAACCCGCUCGGUGCGGCACGACUCGAGCGCGAUAUCUCGGGUCUUGUUAGUGCGGCUGUGGAUGUUGGGUUUGGGGUUGGUGGGGCGACGGGAAGGUAUAGACAUCGUGAGGCGUUUGUUAGGUGUGUCCAGAUGACGCUUGUUAUGAGUAUGGAUGAGGAUGAGUGGGAUGAGGUGUUGCAUGGUGGAGACGCAGCGGAUGUUGUUGAUAAAUUGAGUCGCGAGGAGAGGAUUCGUGUUAGGGGGAUGUUGAGAAGGGGGUAG